AUGACGAAUCGAGAGAGGUUGGAAAGUAUGGAGGAGAGCAUGCGGACCAUAAUUCAAUCCACGAAUCUGGGGAUGUCGAGACUCGAGCGGAUGAUGCUUAGUAAGUUCGGCCACCGUUUCCCGGAGUAUCAGCGGUGGUUUUUUCGUGGUUCUGUCUCUCUGUCCCGUCCUCCGAUCUCAGUCUCCGAAGGUACUGAAAUGAAUGGUACUUCCCAGAAUGUAAACAAUAGAAACUUCGGGAAAAAAUCGUAUCCAGGAUGUCUGGGAAGAAUGGUGAACCUCUUCGAGUUGAAUAUUGGAGUGUCGCCAAACAGGCUCCUAACUGAUAAACCGCACCGGGAUGGUUCCCCUAUCUCGAAAAGCAGAUCGGACGUAUCAAGGUUGAGCCUAUCUCCUGAUCCAGUCGUAGAUGAAGGGAUUGAACAUGGGUUAAGGAGCUACUCUCCAAACCGAAAAUCAAAUGGGAUGCCCAUAAAGAUGCUCAUCGACCAUGAGAUGUCCAAAGAAGUUGACUCCAGACGCAGCCCUCCCAAUCUUGUUGCGAAAUUAAUGGGGCUCGAUGCCCUUCCUCAUCCCGAACUCGAACCGGCAACAAACAGAAGCCCGUCCAAGGGGAACCCUCGGAGUCAUUCGGAGAUACCUGUGAGAAACUGGCAGCGACAGCAAAGAUUUUCUCAUUAUGGAGAGUCAAAUGAGUACAAAGACAUUUACGAGAUAUGGGAGCAACCACAGAGACAUACCAUGGAAAACGAUAAAAAGAUGACUCUCGUCCGACGGAAAUUUUUAGAAGCCAAAAGCCUGUCCAUGGACGGAAGAUUACGCCAGUCCAAGCAAUUCCAAGAUGCAUUGGAAGUUUUGAGUUCCAACAGAGACUUAUUUCUCAAGUGCCUGGAGGAGCCCGGUCAAGUGUUCUCUCAGCAGCUUUACGGCCUGCAUUCCAUUCCUCCUCCCCCGGAGACAAAGCGUAUCACAGUUCUCAGACCUUCCAAAAUUGCCGACACUUUUAACUUGGCCGGAGACAGAGAAGGGAAAAGAGAAUUGGAUAAAGGCGACUUCCCUCAUCCGAGAAAUUCCCCACCCAAAAAUCACGAAAGUCCUACUCAGCCGACCCGAAUAGUUGUUCUCAAACCAAGCCUGGAGAAAAUACUCGAUAACAGUAAGGCUAACAUCUCCCCAAGGUCCCAGUCGGCAAGAAUACAUGGCGAAGGCUUUUUAGGGGAUGUAGAAGACAACGAGAAUUGGGAGUCAAGAAAAGUCGCAAAAGCAAUCGCGAGCCAGAUGCGCGAGAAAUUCGGCAGCCGCCACAGGGACGAAUCCAUCACUUGCAUGGCUGAGGAGAGCUCGUUCGGUAAAUCGGAGAUUGAGUAUCCGGCUGGUGACCUCAGCGAUUCUGAAGUCACUUCGCCCAUGUCUCGGCACUCGUGGGACUGUGUGCAUAACCGGCCAGGCAGCCCAUUCUCGUCCUCUUUCAGCCGGGCAUCUUAUUCGCCCGAGUCCUCCGUCUGUAGAGAGGCUAAAAAGCGACUCUCUGAAAGGUGGGCCCUGAUGGCAUCUAAUAGGAGCUGUCAAGAACAGAGGCAAAUACGCCGGAGCUCGAGUACGCUGGGCGAAAUGCUUGCUCUUUCAGAAACAGAACACAAAAAGAAUGAUAUAGCACCUGUGAAAGAAAGUGCAUUUGAUGAAAAAUUAAAGGAUUCAAGUAAUCUCUUAGAGAAUGGGGAGAGGAUUGUUGAAGAUGUUGAUGACAACUCACCAAGAAAUCUCACUAGGUCGAAAUCUGUUCCCGUUUCUUCUUCUCAGUUUGGGACUAGGCUUUAUGCGGAAACUACGGUUGUUUUGAACAAGGCGAAACUGGAAGUUGUUCCUAAAGGGGACGCAAAGGCUAGAAGUAGAAAGUCAUCAUUUAAGGGAAAAGUUUCGAGUUUGUUUUUCUCGAGGAAUAAAAAGGGCAGUAAGGAUAAGCCUAUUGAACCUGAAACCAAAGAUGAUUCCAGCUCCUCCUUUCUUGGGGACAUCAGCAGUGGUGGGAGUGAAAGUCUUGUUGAGAAAGUGCCCAAACAUUCGCCAUCAGGUCUUUUGGAGUUAUCGAGCAAAGCAUCUUCCUCAGGCGUGAUUUCACCUGAGCCUCAAUUUUAUGUGUCGAAAUCCGCUGCAUCUGGAAACCUUUGUGAAAAUCAGGAGCAGCCUAGCCCAGUAUCAGUCUUAGAUCCACCCUUUGAAUUAAACGAACGCACAUCAACAGUGUUCCCACAUUAUGUCGAGCCCGACCAACAUGGAUACGAGUCGUUACUGAGUCCUCUCAGUUCAUCAAACUUGAUUGACAAGUCACCACUUAUAGGCUCCGUAGCUCGAACCCUAUCGUGGGAAGACUCAAGCUUAGACACGGCCUCGUCAUAUCCACAAACCACAAAAGACGAGGGGCAGGAAUGGUAUUCAUUUGUGAGGACACUGUUAUCCGUGGCGGGCCUCGAAGGCGUGGCACAGACGGAUUCGGAAUCGUUCUUCGCCAGGUGGCACUCGCCCGAGAGUCCGCUGGACCCUUCCUUGAGAGACACGUACAUUGAGUUGAAAAACGACAGGAAAAUGAUGCACGAGGCUAAGCGAAGGCAGAAGAGGUCCAUGCAGAAGCUCGUCUUCGACUGCGUGAACGCAAUCCUGGUCGAGCUUGCGGGCAGCCGGCUGGGCCCGGAUGAGGUGUGGGCCCGGAUGGAGGCGUGGUUUUCGGGCGGGUGCAUCUCUGUGGAGUGUGGGGAGGAAAACGGAGUUGUGUUGGAGACGGUGGUGAGGAACGAGGUGGCGGGGAAAGGGUGGGUCGAUAAUUUGAUGUUGGAGAGGGAUAUUUUGGGAAAAGAUAUCGAGAGAGUUUUGCUGGAGGAGCUGUUGGAGGAGGCUGUGGUUGAACUUGACAGGUAG